UUAUUUACUGACAGCUGGCAAAGUCUUUCAUGAUUUUUCUUUUGGCAAUCCCCUCUUAACCAUACACUGGUGUCCAGUGAGAUGUCCUUAUAUUUCCUUCACUUGUGGUGGACGUGAUCUUGGUCGGCUGUUGGAGAUUGCAGUGGGUUGGGUCUGUUGUCCACCUGACGCACAGCUCCAGUUUAUAUUGAGGUUAGGACACAAACCUCGGUUAAUUCCUUUCAGUUCCGGCUGCAGGCAGUUGCUGCUCACAUGGGGUGCGUUGUUUACCACACUAUUUAUGUAAUUUCUGUUCUGGAGGAUUUGGUUGCAGAUUUGAACGUUCUCAUUUAAAUCUCGCGACCUUGUCUUAAAUUUUUUUUUAAUUUAACGGCUGGAGUGAUUUUGGGGGAACCCAAAGGAAUUGGAACCGUCUCAGAAACAAUGUGGGCGAAGUUCGCGCUGCUGUUCUGCCAGCACUUUAUUCUUUCGCUGUCGACUGAUAGCCUGACUACGAGCGGAACAACAAGCGGAACAACACAAACUGGUUCUGCAACAAACGCAACUACAUUUCUAUCAGAAAUCUCACUUACCGCUUCUAUCUCCCCCACGCCUCUUACCACAACCCUGCAAAACGUAACAGCAACCAGUUCAAAAACAGAUGUAGAAACAUACUCUUCACUUUCUUUCAUCAGUACAGCUGUACCCACAGACACAAGCCAGCUGACCAGCACUGUGUUACCCACUGCAUCACGGAACUCCACUGCUGAAAGCAGUACACCUCUUAACACGACAACAGUGUUAUCCACGUCAACUCCCAACAUCACUUCCAAUAGUUUAGCCACGGUGACGAGUUAUUCACCUAACAUAACAAAUGUCUCAUCUCAAAGUGAUAAUGCAACUAAUACAACCUACAGUCCGCUGACAAGUAACACGACCCACACAACUUCACUUCAUACUAUUGCCACCAAUAGUUCUUUCACAAGUAGGGAACCAACAUCCCCUCCAAAUAGCACCGGGCACAGAGAGGUCACCACAGUAAAAGCCUCUACUGUCACCUUCACAACAGCUGCUCCCAGCACCGCUCUAUCAUCUUCGAGCGCAACCUCCCUAGCAAGCACCAGCCUCUCAACCAACAGUACGGGAAAACAGGAUAGAAUUGCAGUUCCAAGCGAUGCAGGAACAGCUGUAACUGUUAUAGUGUCUUUGGUACUCAUUGCCAUAGCGGUAUUGGGCUUGGUGAUAUAUUUAAAGAAAAGGAGAGUGUUCUAUAGCCGCUUACAGGAAGACAAUACAGCUGGAUCUUGGAGCAAUUACAACAACCCUGCAUUUGAAGAUUUAUGACAAAAAUUCUUUAAAUUGUAACUUUUAUUUACAAAUAGGCAUUAAGCCACAAAUGUACAUAGCAGGUAUUUUCUUGAAACUGCAUAAAGCUCUGAAUGUGUAUCCUUUUGUUUGAAGCUGGAAAACAGGUGUAAUUAGUCUGAGGUGCUAGCAAAAAUGGGCAGAUCCGAUUCAGCCCAUUUUACAACCCACUUGAUUUUUUUUUCCAUUGGCUUCAAUUUUAUGUUUUGUGUUACUGCCCAAGACCAAUUUUACUCCCAACUGGUACUUUAUACCUAUAAUUAUUUUUUUAAUUCUCAGAAUCUAUUUGAGGGUUUUUCACAAUGUUUAAGUUAACAACGUCAAAAGUACUUAACCAAGCUGACAAAUUAUAGUGGCAGAUCCUGGUAUAUAGCCACUGCAACCUGAGCUGAUACUUUAGGUAUCAAUCAAGCAGGCUUGUUUUUGCAAAUCUAGGCUACAUUUUGUCCAAAUCUGCUUAAGCAGGAACAUGCUUAGUUGCAUAGUUGAAAUGCUUUUUAAUUUUCUGCUGAUCUAGAUAAUGUUAUCCUGUCAAGCUUUGCUAUAAUAACUAGUCAAUGUGGUCAUUGUUACACAUACACUGCAAAUUUGACUGAAUAUAGGCUAGCAUGUCGAAAGUCCGUUACUUUUCCUAAGGGGAGUGUGAAUCCUUUGUGUUUCAGUGAUCUAUUGAUGUUAUCAAAGAUACAACUGAAAAGAUAAACACAUUGUGGGCAGUAUAGGGUAGGUCAACCUUGGAUGCACAGUAUUUAUCCUAAAGUUUCUUUAAAUAAAGGGUCUUUGAUUUCAGGCAGACUUGAUUCAUGACUGACACAUGAUUAUAACAUAAGUCAAGUUUCUAUAGAUCUGAGGACUUUAGAGUUGACCUAGAAUAGUUCAAGUGGAUUUCAAACUACUGUAAAAGACUGCCUUUUAUUAAGGACUUCAGCUUCAUUCUGUGAAAAUACCUCAACCAAAAAAAGAUUAUUAAGCUAUAAAGACUGUCAGGAAUCAAGAUGUAGACAUUUUAAUUAUAUAUUUAUGCAGGAAAGGGAAGCAUGGUCAUGCUCCUUCUCAAAGAUGUGCUGGAUAAUUAUAACCUAUUCUAAUUUCUUUAGAUUGCUUUUCUAAUAUGCAGAGGGAACAGAUGAGGUGUUUGUAGUGUGCAAAGUAAUAAAUGUCACAUAUUUAUGAUGUGGUGACUGGGCUCACUGCUUAGCUUGAAAUUUUAAGGAUUCUCAACACCAGGCAUAAAAUUGAAUGUAGUAUAAAAUAAUAUAUACAGUAAAUAGUGUUUUGAGGCUUUUAUCCAAUAAACGUAAUAAUUUUUGUAUGUUAUCAAUGAUUUACAUGUGAUUAUAUUAUCAAUUAUCCUGAAUGUUACUGCAAGUAUCGUGAAUACAGUGAGGAAUGUUGGGCUCCAUUUUGCUAUAGUAAAAUAGAGCGAAUGCACUUUGGAGUGAUAGUGUUGGAACAGUGCUGGCACAGGAUCAAAUGUUUUUGCCCUAUACUUGCCAGCAAAGAGUGGAAGAAGAGCUGUGCUCCUUUGUGCUCGGGCAUCCAAAAAUUGUACAAUAUCUUAGCUGAGGCUUGAUUCUUACCAUCAACUGGCGAGACAAGAGUUAGGUGGAAAGAUCUAUUUAUCCUUCUAUAUUUUAUGAAAAGAUAGGAACAGAAUGGAUAUUGAUACCCACUGUAAACAUAAACAAUUUUCCCAUUGCUUGUACAUUAUCAUUUACGUACAACUUUUCUGGCAAUUUACAGGGGAUCAACUUCUGUAAUUUUCCAACAAAAUCAUAGUUUUCAAUAAUGAAUUACCAAUACAACAUGAUUGUUUGUAAGUAAAAUGAUGAAUCUUAAAAUUAUAAAGGGAAUGACUGAACAAUAUGUUCAUAUUAUUCAACAUGAAAAUAUGAACCUUAAUAUAUUUAAAAUAUUGUUGUUACUUAGAAGUGUUUAAUGUAAUUUUUCAAUAAGACACUAAAAAUUAAAAUUUUCCCUUCUCUUCUA